GGUACACCGCCAAGCAACACACUUAGUCGCGGCUCGGCGAUGUUUCAGCUGAGCUGAGCGCACGAGGGACGCUCGUGUCGCCGGCGCAGGCGGGUUUUCACUUCGUGGUGGUUCCUCGGUCCCCCCGGUCGUCUUUCGCUUGACCCCGGUCCGCGUCUCGUUUCUGUGGUUCCAGCCGAGAGCACCAUCAUCAUCCGCACCAACCCUGCCUGGCGGGCCGACCACUGCGUGAUCGAAGAUGCCAGCUGUACCAGCAGUGGCCGAGGCCGCGGGUCAACUGGAGGACCUGGACGAGCCGCCAGAGCCGCGGGUCCGCGGCCCCAGCGGAAGGGCCGGCCUGAUGAAGCCUCUGGUCGUGUUGGCGCUUCCUGGCAUGUACCUCUUCUACAAGUACAGCCAGUAUAGGCGGGAGCAGCGCGAGCUGUCCCGCAGAAGGGUGACCGAGAGGGAGCUCCAGCAUCUUCAUCACAAAAUCGACAAAUUGCUGACGAAGCUGGAGGAGAACGAGCCUGAGCUGGCCUCUUCACAGGAGGACGAGUGCGUGAUAUGCGUGAACGCGAGAGCUACGAUGCAGACGGCUCCGUGUGGGCACCGAGUAGUAUGCAGACGCUGUUUCGUCAAGACAAUACAAAUGGCUGUCUCGCAGAGGCUGCUACCCCUGCGGUGCGUCAUAUGCAGAGCGAAAAUCUUGCGUCUGAAACAGACCCUAAUCCCGCGAGACUAUUCGAUGUCAGGAAAGUCCUGGGUCUUGCCACAGAGUUCAUCGGAGUACAAUAUGAGUACAGGAGGGGCCGGAGGGGUGGCUGGACCUGGUGGCAGAUGGGUUGCAGGUAGCGUACCUGCCUCCGCGUCCCUGUACUCCAUGGCCAGUGGCUCAUCCUCUAUUUCUGGAGUGUCUUCCGUAUCUUCUUCGAGUUCGUCUUCGGCGUGUAGCACAGGAAGUUCCAACCUGGGUAAACCCACGAGGGUGAGGCAACCUUCCGGCGAGAUCUUGAGACGCUCGCAGACGCAGUCCAUGAAAAUGAGGAUUCAGGAGUAUCAGGAUCCUGUCCCGCAAGUUAACGAGGAGGAGGAGAUCAUGAGGGAGAACCGGGAACGUAGAUUGCCGCCGAUCAAGGAAUUCCAGAGGGACUUUCGCGCGGGCAAAGCCUCCACUAGGAUACGAUGUGCUCAGAAGAUCGUGACUCAGCUGGAAACGUCACCGAGUCCGAGGGUCUCCUCGAGCGGCGCGACGCCGACGUCCUCGUCGUCGGCGAGGUCGGCGACGAAGAGGCCGCAGGCGGCGCCGAAGUCCUCCGUGGUGCAGGAGGUCCAGAGAUCGAAGAAGGAGAAGGAACGGGAGAAGGAAAGGGAGAAGGCGGAGAAAGCGCGCCAGAAGGAGGAGGAGAAAGCGGAGAAGACCAGGCAGAAGGAAGCGAAGAAGCUGGCGAAGGAGGAGAAGAAAAGGGCCAAGAAAGAGGCGAAAGCGAGGCGGAAGGAGGCGGAGGAGGCCCUGAUCAGGGAGGAGAAGUAGUCUUCUGUCGAGUAGAGGCGAGGCAACGUAGAUGUUUCAUGCGCGAUUCGAUCACGUAUUCGAAAAGCCUGGACGACUCUCUCGAUCCCGUCGGGACGGAGGAUUUUCAAUACACUCGGGAUCCCGCCGCCCUCGGGAUUCAAGGUUCGAGAUGUACUUUACUCUGUCUUUCGUUCGAUCGGAGGUUGGACUCUUUAAUCGCGUUUCUUUCGUGACGAAUAAAUGGAGCGUUUUGUAAACGAAAACAGGGUGAUACGUGAGAAAAUCAAAUGAAAGUAUGUCUAGGAAAUGUCGUUACUUAAGAGUAUCUUAUGGUUAUUAUAGAGUAAAACAGUAGAGAAAGGGGUUGAAGAUAAACGAGAGCAAUGUUUUAUAUUUAUUUAUCCGUGGAAUCAGCUUACAUUCUGCGUAUUCUAUAUAUACUCCAUGUACUUAAGUUCGAAGGAUAUAGUAACUGAAAAUGGUAAAUCUACUAAGCGUCUCGAACCACUCGAGAUCCCGAGGGAGGGGGAUGCAAACGUUCUAGCGGCGGUAGAGAAGUAUACCUAAGAAAACCUAGAAGCGGCCAAACUUAGCAACCCGUCAUAUCGAGUUAUCGUGGACUAAUAAUUACUAAUCGAUAGGAAGACUCGAGAGCGUAGCGCUACGUUGCUAUUAUUUGAUUAAUCAAUCGCGUAAUCUCCGGCAUCGAACCAUACCUUGCAGCCACCAGCCACCAUCGAACCACCAUCGAAACCAUACUCGUACGCUCAUCCUGUCCCGGAACGUUUCCGUUUUAGGGAGAGUCGACCCGCGGGACGUUUCCUCGUUACUUUUUUACUAGCUCAUCCAACCCCCUACCAGCCCCGAGGAUCUAUCAGGUUUAAGUGUCAGUCGUUUUAGCGGUUCGAAGGAACGAUGACCGAUCCGUGUCCUAUUUUUCAAGCUCUGCUUCACAGACAAUAUUCCGAGAGGACGUAGCUUCUGUUCCCGGCGAGGCUGAGCCCAGCCCGCGCCGCGGAACUUAGAUCGCGAUCGACGGGAACCCUCUGCUCCUCCAGUCGACUCGUACUUAGCCACCAUCCAUCACUAGUCCAUCGAUUCUCGUCAUCCCUCGGGUUCGAUCCCAUCACAAACUCGUCGAGAAUCGGAACGGAAACGCCGGGCGUUUCAACUUUUUAAUUGAUUAUCGAACGCGAUCCCGCGGAACAAUUCGUCUUAGCGGGCCGCGUCGCCUAGAACGAUUUCUAUUUUAAUCGUGUAUAUAACGAGUACCGUGUAGACACGCGAUCAACGUUGGAUUCG